AUGAACUACCACUUCAUCCAGAAGGGGAGUAUCCAUGUGGAGGCGUGGGCUGUGCUAUUCUACAUCGCCUACCUGUCCCGGGACAUCCUGCUCCUCAUCACCAUCAUACUGAUUGGCGCAGGCUGGACCUUCAUCAAACAUGUGCUCUCCAAGAAGUUGAAGAAACUCUUCCUCAUUGUUAUACCACUACAGAUACUGAGCAACAUUGCGUGGAUCAUCGUGGAGGAGAGUGAGGAGGGUAAUUCCCAGUACACGACCUGGAAGCAGAUCUUUGUGCUCAUUGACUUGCUAUGCUCCGUGGCCAUUCUAUUCCCUGUUUUCUGGUCAAUCAGUCACCUUCAACAAGCCACCAUGGCCGAUGGAAAGGCUGAUUCCAGUCUAACAAAGCUCAAACUAUUUAAACACUUCUAUAAAAUGGUGGUGUGCUAUAUCUACUUCACAAGGAUUUUUGUGUUCAUUAUAGUGCCCUCUGAUGAUGAAGACGAGGAGUAUGAAAUGGACACCGUGUAA